UAUUCUCACACACAAAGUGUGAGCAGUGCCUUGCCCUUGGCAGACAGUCCCCCAGGGUCUUCCUCCUUAACGAGAAGUUAGCACUAAUAAGUUCCUUUGUUUGACUGCUGCACCACAGCCGAUCCAGCUCAAGCCCCAACAUGAGCGUACGGAAACUGGGCUUCAAAUGGUUAGACAGCAUCACCAGCAUUUCCUUUCGCCGCUCCAGCAACAAAUCUGACUCGAAGGCCUCCAAAUCCAAAUCAGGCUCAGGAUGUGAGGCUGGGAAGGAGGGCGGAUGUGAGGCAAACCUGACUUCAGUCACUGAGACAACACUGGACGACACUGACGCCAUGCGUCCUCGCACUGCCAGCCACGUCCGUUCCAGUAAGGGCUACACACACAUGGGGACGCUGCCUCGACUGCUUAUGAAGAGGAAAGACAAGAGUAAGAAAGGAUGCCCCAGCGGCAGUAAACAGAGUAACAAGAAGACCAAUGAUAGCAAAGGUCACUUCAAGGCUCCUGCAGGUGUCUUGUCUGAUCCAUCUGAGACUAAAGCAGUAGUCACACCUGACACAGAGCUCAACCAGACCCCUCCAGCUGAUCCUGAGAUCCGGUCUGAACCUGAUGACGAGCUCACAAACCACCACAUCCUCACUGCUGGUGGAGAGGUGCCAUCUGGUGGCUCAAAUAGAGAAAUUCAGUCAGACGGAGAAGAAGAGUUGAGGCCAGGAUUCGCUUCUCUCAGGAAGGUGGAAGGGGAAGUGGAGAGUGAUGGGGUAGAGUCCAAAACUGUGUCUGAACCGGAACAGGAAGCAGGGAAAGAAGAGCCGAACGACAGAAAAGGAAACUCUCAUGGUGUCUACUGCCUCAUGGAACCAGUGGAGACCCAGGCAGAAUAUGUUCAGUUCUCCAAGGAGAAAUACCUGCUGGAGUCUCCUCCUGAGAAGCUUCGCAAAGAACUGGAGGAGGAGCUGAAACUGAGUCCUGCUGACAUCAGGAGCCAUGGCUGGUACCAUGGACACAUACCCCAGGAGGUGUCAGAGACUCUGGUUUUGCGUAAUGGAGAUUUCCUCGUGCACGACUCCCUGACCAGCGUGGGCGACUAUGUCCUGACCUGCCGAUGGAACAACGAAGUUCUUCACUUCAAAAUCAGCAAAAUUUUAGUCAAAUCCAAUGAAACCAAGGUUCAGUACAUGCUGGAGUCGGAUAGCUUCGAUUCCAUCCAGGAGCUUGUACGUUAUUUUGUGGGUCAACGUAAACCAGUUACCCAGUCCAGCGGCGCCCACAUCUACUGUCCGGUCAGCAGGACGCUCCCUCUGCGUUACCUGGAGGCCACCUUCGCUCUCUCCAACAAACAAGGCUCUGCCUACUCGCCGUCCAGUCAGAGGGGCGCUUACAUCAAAAGACGGAGCGUCACCAUGACUGAUGGGCUGACAACCGAAAAGAUGAUAUCUCACAGUGACUCGGACAGUCCCAGUCCAGUUGGGACACCAGUGGCGCCGCCUGAACCAGAACCGGAACCUUUGCCCCGAUGCAGCCCGUCGACCAUCCACCACCACAAAGACGCAAUGCGGAAUUGUGCGAUGAGCAUGGACCAGAUUCAGGAGUACCGCUGCCCCUUGUCGCCUGUCGGGGAAACCCCGCUGUCUCCUGCUUAUAGUGCCAUCACCCGGCAGAGAGCCCACUCAGGCGGGCGGGUUCUGGCCGUCAUCCCUCCCUCCCCGGUGAUGCGCCGCUCCAGCGACCCUCAGCUCAGUCCUUCCGAUGGUCCCGUUCCUCCAGAUUAUGCCACACGCACCUCUCACUCAGCACACUCCUCACCCGCCCAUCAUUGCAGCUUCCAGUCCUCAGAGACGGCAGGGAGUUACUGUGACCUCAGACCCUGCCCCUCCGGGCCCCCCAAACCCCCCGCCAGGGGCUACGUAGAGCGACUCAGAGUGGAAGAAGGGAGGCAGGAGGAAGCAAGGGAAGAAGAGGAGAAGGCAUUCAUCCCUCCGCAGGUGGAGACGACUUCUUUGUUCAAGCCCUCCAGGUACGAGUCUGGCCUCAUCCCCGCUGAAAACAAACCUCUGGAGAUGUCUGUGCUGAAGAGGGUCAAAGAGCUGCUGGGUGAGGUUGAUGCCAGGACCACAGCUAAACACAUCACCCUGCUGGACUGCAAGGUUGCAAGAAUAUUUUGUGUAACCCCAGAAAUGCAAAGAAUGAUGGGAGUUUCCUCGGGGCUGGAGCUGCUGACGUUACCUCAUGGACACCAGUUGAGACUUGACCUGCUGGAGAGGUUCUACACCAUGUCCAUCAUGAUGGCUGUGGAUCUUCUGGGCUGCACGGGGAGCACAGAGGAGAGAGCAGCCCUCCUCCAUAAGACCAUCCAGUUAGCAGCAGAGCUAAAAAGCUAUUUGGGGAACAUGUUUGGGUUCGCUGCUGUGAUGAGAACCCUGGAGCUGCCACAGAUUUCCCGCCUGGAGCAGACGUGGGCGACUUUACGUCAGAGGCACACAGAAGGAGCGAUUCUUUAUGAAAAGAAGCUCAAACCCUUUUUAAAAAACUUAAAUGAUGGUAAAGAAUCCAGCGUCCUUUCCCACACCACCUUCCCCCACAUCCUUCCGGUCCUGUCCCUUUUGGAGCGAGGAGCGGCCAUCGGGGAGGUGCUGGAGCCGUGGGAGAGCUCAGAGGCGGGAGUGGAUGUGGUCAUGUUCCACCUGGAGGCGGCGCGGACCAUCGCUCACCACGGGGAAAUCUACCGAAGCAACGCAGAGAACAAACUGCAGGGAUUUCAGGAGCUAGCUGAGAUACGUGAGAUCUUCCAAACGGAGUUUCAGAUGCGUCUCCUGUGGGGAAGCCGCGGCUCUGAAGGCAGCCAGGCGGAACGUUACGAGAAGUUCGACAAGGUUCUCACGGCUUUGUCUCACAAACUAGAGCCUCCUGUGCGCCACAGCGAGCUAUAGCAUCUGCCCUUGUUUUCUCUGCGCGGUCAAGACUUUCUCCUGAUUGCACUCAACACUCACAGCAGAACGGAGGGGUUCUGAGAUGGAGUUAGAAGGCAGCUAAAGAGGAAUUCAGAAAGGAGAGAUUCACUGUGGAAUCAAACUAACGCCGUCUCUUCUCCUCCUUCCUGUGGACGUACCUGGCGUUAAGAUAUUUCAAAGCAAAUAAGAAAAGUGAGAAAGAGGACAGGCAAGCAGAGGUAAAAACAUUUGUACGGUGCGCCCUGAGGGCCAAACGGAGCUGUAAAAGUUUGGCUUUGCUCCAUUAAAACACAAUUGUCUCACACUGUAGCUGAAAUGAUAGCUCAUACAUAGAUGUUUAGUGUGUGGAUGUGUCUGGAAGUGUGCUCAUUCAUUUCUGUACAUCAUGAUUUUUUACAUUUUUUAAUCUAAUUUAUUUGUUAUUAUGAGAGAAAAUCAAACCAUUGUGGACGUUUCAUCACAAACCUCACAAGAAUGUUUCUCCAUCACCAGGGAACUUUACUAAUAAAACCUCAUUUAAUAUGUCCCAUUGAAAAUGUAUCAGGCAUGCAUUAAUAAACGUAUCUGAAAAUGAGGCGUUUGCAGAAGAAAUGCAGCCUUUUGAGUUAAGAGAACAGAAGCAAGCGCCCUCUGUUUUGGCUGCUGAAGUCCUUUCAUAUUCCGUGUUCUGUGCACAAAACCUUCAUUACAACCAUUAAAAGAGGAGCGUGUGCACUUUAAAUUGACUUAAAGCAAUGUUUCACUUUGUGCGUGAACAUUAAUGAACAUAAUUUGCUUGCUGAAAUGGUUGAUGCAUGCAAGUUAAAUGUUGCUUUAAUAAUAAUUUAAAUGAGUGUCAAAUAUGAGAAAUACACAAAUAAAUCAAUGACGAAAUGUUGUGUUUGUUGGGAAUCUUAAAAGAUUUUGGGAAAAAUGCCAUUUUUCAAGUUUUUGAGUUCUGUUUGAGUUUUUGUUUUUUAAAGAAUGCCCUCUGGAUGUUUGAUUUCUUUUUUUUUUCUGCAGAAAAGAAAAAAUGACUAAUUUAUUUUCUACUUCGCUCAAAUUUUUCUGUGUUAGAUUGUUGAAUUGGUCUGAGAGGGCUGGAGCCAACUCUCGGAGCUAUGCAAUCAUUUCAGUCACACGGCUGAGAAGACGAGUCCCAGUCGGAGGGUUUUAGGAAAUCUUGAACUUUUCUCAUCCAAGAGGACAGAACCGGGUCGCAGCUGAUAAUAAUUUGGAAAUUCCUCUGAAAAUGUUCCUUCUGUUCCAGCGUUUUGUGGUUGAAAUCUUUGAGAGGAAGUUGGAUUUUGUUGUGUUUUUAUUAUUAUUAUGGCUGUGAGGAUCAGCUUUGGCGCUGUGUGUCUGCUCCAUCAGGAAGUCAGCAGAAAAAAAAAUCUAAGACAAACAGGAAAAGGACUUUUAUUUGUGUGUUUUCAGACCAACGGAAUGCCUACUGGUUUAGGUUUCACUGGUAACGAUGAUGUUUUUAUUUGUAUGAAGAGAAAAGCAAAAAGUUCAGGAAUAAUUCAGGAUUGAUCUCAUGUUUUCUUUUGUACUGUACAUAGCAGGUCACUUUUUUGAAUAAAAUAAUUGCUUGUG